AUGUAUGUUGGAACAACAGAAAUCCAAAGUUCAUUAAGUGGAAGACCACAUAAUGAUGAUUCUGACACCAAGGAUUCCAAUCACAAAGAUUGCUCUAGGAAAAAAAAGAGUAACAGUAGUAGCAUUGUUAAAUGGAAGCAGCAAGUGAAAGUGAGCCUGGAGAUAGGACUUGAAGUGCCUCCAAAUGAUGGUUAUAUGUGGAGGAAAUACGGGCAAAAGGAAAUUCUUAAUGCUAAAUACCCCAGAGAAUAUUAUAGAUGCACAUACCGAAACACACACGGUUGUUGUGCAACUAAACAAGUUCAAAGAUCAAGUGAUGACUCAUCAAUUUUUGAAAUUACUUAUCUUGGAAAACACACGUGUCCCAAAAUAUCAAAAACCAAUCAUCCUUCAUCGACAACCGAAUCCGGUUAUGGCCUUAUAAAUUUCUCAAAUACAUCAAAAACGGUAUCUACAACUUCAAGAACCAGCGAUCCGUCUGCAACACAAUCAUCUUCUUCGAUCACACGGAAUUCUUUUGAACUUUCGAAUUGGCCUCAGAAUCAUCAUCAGUACUGA